GGGGGGGAAAUGCGGUGGCCGAGAAGUGGGGCGGCCGUACAGGCUGGGAGCCGGCGCGGCGUUGAGGCGGCUCGGUGUAGCCGCGGACCCGGGCUGGGAAGACCCGCUCUCCUCCCUCAGUCACUGAAAAUAAACUUUGCUGCUCUUUUGGCGGCGUUCUCGAGUCCGCCUCCGGCCUGUGCGGAGGUCGGCCAGGAGCCUUCGUUCGUCAGGUUUUCCCUCCCUCCCUCCCUCCGCUGGUGCCGGGCCUUGGCGCCAUGGACGCCACGGCGCUGGAGCGGGACGCCGUGCAGUUCGCCCGGCUGGCGGUGCAGCGCGACCACGAAGGUCGCUACUCCGAGGCUGUGUUUUACUACAAGGAAGCUGCACAAGCCUUAAUUUAUGCUGAGAUGGCAGGAUCAAGCCUGGAACAUAUUCAAGAAAAAAUAAAUGAGUAUCUGGAAAGAGUUCAGGCUUUGCAUUCAGCAGUUCAGUCAAAGAGUGCAGAUCCUUUGAAAUCAAAACAUCAGUUGGACUUAGAGCGUGCUCAUUUCCUUGUUACACAAGCUUUUGACGAAGAUGAAAAAGGGAAUGUGGAAGAUGCCAUAGAAUUGUAUACCGAAGCUGUAGAUCUCUGUCUGAAAACCUCUUAUGAAACUGCUGAUAAAACUCUGCAAAAUAAACUGAAACAGUUGGCUCGACAGGCACUAGAUAGAGCAGAAGCAUUGAGUGAGCCUUUAACAAAACCAUUAUGUAAAAUCAAGUCAACAAAUAUCAAACCAAAGCCACCUCCAACGAGAACACAUUUUCCACUAGGGACUAGUCCCUUCCUUGAAAGACCUCAGCCCUUUAUAAGUCCACAGUCAUGUGAUGCACAAGGACAGAGAUAUACAGCAGAAGAAAUAGAAGUUCUCAGGACAACAUCAAAAAUAAAUGGUAUAGAAUAUGUUCCUUUCAUGAGUAUUGAUCUGAGGGAACGUUUUGCCUAUCCAAUGCCUUUUUGUGAUAGAUGGGGCAAGCUACCAUUAUCACCUAAACAAAAAGCUACAUUUUCCAAAUGGGUACGACCAGAAGACCUCACCAACAAUCCUACAAUGAUUUAUACUGUGUCCAGUUUUAGCAUAAAGCAGACAAUAGUAUCAGAUUGUUCCUUUGUGGCAUCACUGGCUAUCAGUGCAGCUUAUGAAAGACGAUUUAAUAAGAAGUUGAUUACCAGCAUAAUUUAUCCUCAGAAUAAGGAUGGUGAGCCAGAAUACAAUCCAUGUGGAAAGUAUAUGGUAAAACUUCACCUCAAUGGUGUCCCAAGAAAGGUGAUAAUUGAUGAUCAGUUACCUGUUGAUCAUAAGGGAGAAUUGCUCUGUUCUUAUUCUAACAACAAAAGUGAAUUAUGGGUUUCUCUCAUAGAGAAAGCAUAUAUGAAGGUCAUGGGAGGAUAUGAUUUCCCAGGAUCCAAUUCAAAUAUUGAUCUUCAUGCACUGACCGGGUGGAUACCAGAAAGGAUCGCUAUGCAUUCAGAUAGCCAAACUUUCAGUAAGGAUAAUUCUUUCAGAAUGCUUUAUCAAAGAUUUCACAAAGGGGACGUCCUCAUCACUGCAUCAACUGGAAUGAUGACGGAAGCUGAAGGAGAGAAGUGGGGUCUGGUUCCCACACACGCAUAUGCUGUUUUGGAUAUUAGAGAGUUCAAGGGGCUGCGAUUUAUCCAACUGAAAAAUCCUUGGAGUCAUUUACGUUGGAAAGGAAGAUACAGUGAAAAUGAUGUAAAAAACUGGACCCCAGAGUUACAAAAAUAUUUAAACUUUGAUCCUCGAACAGCUCAGAAAAUAGACAAUGGAAUAUUUUGGAUUUCAUGGGAUGAUCUCUGCCAGUAUUAUGAUGUGAUUUAUUUGAGUUGGAAUCCAGGUCUUUUUAAAGAAUCAACAUGUAUUCACAGUACUUGGGAUGCUAAGCAAGGACCUGUGAAAGAUGCCUAUAGCCUGGCUAACAAUCCCCAGUACAAACUGGAGGUGCAGUGUCCACAAGGGGGCGCUGCAGUUUGGGUUUUGCUCAGCAGACACAUAACAGACAAGGAUGAUUUUGCCAAUAAUCGAGAAUUUAUCACAAUGGUUGUAUACAAGACUGAUGGGAAAAAAGUUUAUUACCCAGGUGACCCACCUCCAUAUAUUGAUGGCAUUCGAAUUAACAGCCCUCAUUAUUUGACUAAGAUAAAGCUGACCACGCCUGGGACCCAUACCUUUACAUUAGUGGUUUCUCAGUAUGAAAAACAGAAUACAAUCCAUUACACUGUCCGGGUAUAUUCAGCCUGCAGCUUUACUUUUUCAAAGAUUCCUUCACCGUACACCUUAUCAAAACAGAUUAAUGGAAAGUGGAGUGGUCAGAGUGCUGGAGGAUGUGGAAAUUUCCAGGAAACUCACAAAAAUAACCCCAUCUACCAGUUCCAUAUAGAAAAGACUGGGCCAUUACUGAUUGAGCUAAGAGGACCAAGGCAAUAUAGUGUUGGAUUUGAGGUUGUAACAGUUUCCAUGGUGGGAGACCCUGGUCCCCAUGGCUUUCAGAGGAAAUCUAGUGGUGACUAUAGGUGUGGGUUUUGCUACCUGGAAUUAGAAAAUAUACCUGCCGGGAUCUACAAUAUCAUUCCUAGUACUUUUUUGCCUAAACAAGAAGGACCUUUUUUCUUGGACUUCAAUAGUGUUAUCCCCAUCAAGACAACACAACUUCAAUGAUGCAGAUUUCAGCAUUUACUGGAUUUUAUACUUACCGAACAUCAACUCUUCGAAUGAAGACAGAAACCCUCAGAACAGAAUUAAAUCUCUAAAAAUGUCACAGUGGGAUCUGGUGCUUGGGUCACAGUGUUUAGAAAUGUAUGUAGUCAGAAUUACCCUAAAUCACUUAGAAGUCCUAGUUCCACGGUUUUGUGUGUACAAGGAGUUGGUUUGCAUUGAGGGGCCACAUCUUAUAAAAGCAGGUGCUGAUGAUUAAAGGUUAGACUCCGCACUGUGAGAUGCCUUUGCUGAAAGAGCUGUGACCAGAUAGCAACAGGACAUAUCCGCUCACAUGGUGGAACAGUAGGCUGACAUAGAUCCCGAAAUACUUAUAUUUGUCUUUUGGCAAAGCAUGUCGUAAGUUAAACUUGCUUGUGUUGUGACUCUACAUCUUGGGCAACGAAUUACCAAAUGAAUCAUGUCGCCAUAACAGAUUUUAAUUCUGUACUAUGACUUUCAGUGUUUGUGGCCCAGAUGUUAUGAAAGAAUAAAGCUUUAAGAAAUAUUUUAACUUAGUUAACAAUGAAGAUUGUUGAACUUAGGUACCUGUCUCCCAUUAAUUCAUGUGAAGAGAACUGAGAUAAAUUCAUUAUUGGAAUGCUUAUUUUUUAUCAGGCUGACUGAAGGUAAUAAUCUUAAAAACUGCUCUUAUGGUGACACUGAAGAAAAUACAGUGGAAAAUUUAAUAUAUGGUAACUGUGGUGCAUUUAGAAAAUUUAAUAUAUGGUAACUGGUUGCAUUUAGAGCAACUACUGCCGUGUAUAAAUUCCCAGUUUACAUAAAAAUCCAUCAGAGCAGAAUGAUGCUCAAGGUUUUAAACAUCUGAAAAUAAGGUGGAAUUUUUCAUUGUCUCUGCUUUAUAAUUAUCACAAACUUAUUUUGUAUUUCUACUUCCUUUAAUUGAAAUAAAAUCUUUAUACUUAUGGAAACUGCAUAGUUUAACCUAGAGAAAUUAUUAAAGGACUUCAUCUAGUA